GCCGAGAAAAGCCUGCCUCAAACUUCCCAGCUGCUAACAGGCAUGACUAACUGAGAACACUGUUUAAAUAUAGCCCAUGCAGUACUGCACAGCCCCAGCAACUCAGAACUGGUUCAGAGGCAGAACAAAAGAAGACUGGGAAAAACAAAACGUGAUUUUCUGAUGGCAAAAGAGCUCAGAUACAACCCCUAAACAGCCAAACAAUUCUUAAAACAGUUCCAAAAAUCUGGGGAAAAAAAAUCAAACAAAAACUUGGGUGGGAAUUAAUAUAGUGUGAUCUCCUCCUCCCUUUCAGUCUCUCUCUCUCUUUCUCUCACUCUCUCACUCUCAUCCUCUGUGUGUGUGUGUCUUUCUCUUGGCUCAAACUUUGUGAGAAGAAAGUACAUUCUUUAUUUUCUGCUCUACAACAUUUCCUGCAUGACCUCAGUACCCAAAGGAAAAGAAGAAAAGAAAUAAAGGCUCAUCUUGGCUAUGUUUUAUAUUGCUAAAGCAGUCAACUAAGGUAAAAAAUCCUGCUCGAGAACUGGGCUGGUGCUGUGGGUCAACUCUUCUGUCUGUGCUUCAGGAUUAUCCCUUCUGUGAGACACUAUCUGGGAACUGGGGAUACUGUGAUCAGGUGAAGAUGAGAUCCAGAAACAAUGGGGAGGAAAGCCCAGCCAAUGGGGAAAUGAGCGUCUCCCAGCCAAGCAAUGGCACAUCGGAAGAAGAAGAAGAUGGAAACACUCAAAACCCUAAGAAGAAAAAGAACAAAUCUCGACGGCAGAAUGAAGGAGAGGUGAUGGUCUCAGGAACAGUCAAAAGGCACCAGAAGACCUCAGAGGCCAGUGACCAAAAAAAGGGAUUACUAGACCUUUCCAAAGAUGAUCUUCUGCGACUUCUGAGUGUUAUGGAAGGAGAACUUCAGGCUCGAGAGGAUCUUAUCCACAUGCUGAAGACAGAGAAGACCAAAUCCGAGGUGCUAGAAGCGCACUAUGGCUCAGCGGUCCCAGACAAGGCUCUGCGGGCCCUGUAUAGAGACGCUCUCCUCGCCAAGUCCAAAUCCACUGGGGACGAUGUGUAUGAGAAGCCCAUAGCAGAGCUGGACAAACUGGAAGACAAGCACAGAGAGACCUACCGCCGCAUGCUGGAACAGCUCCUUCUGGCGGAAAAAUGCCACCGGCGCACUGUGAACGAGCUGGAGAGCGAAAAGCGCAAACACGCAGACUACAUGAACAAGAGCGACGACUUCACCAACCUGCUGGAGCAGGAGAGAGAGAGACUGAAGAGGCUUUUGGAACAAGAAAAGCUCUACCAGGCCCGGAAGGAAAAGGAGAACAACAGGCGUCUUGAAAAAGUAAGAGAGGAACUGGUGAAGCUGAAAUCUUUUGCACUGAUGCUGGUGGACGAAAGGCAAAUCCAUAUUGAGCAGAUCGAUCAACAAGCCGAAAAACUUCAUGAUCUAAACCAGAAAUUGCACGAAAAGGAGCAAAAACUGAAAGUGGCCAGUGCCAAAGCAAAGGAGGACAACCAAAAACAACUGAAGCUAGAGGUUGAACUUGAGCACAAAGUUGCAAAAUUUGUACAGGAGCAUGAGGAGAUGACAGCGAAGCUAGCCAAUCGGGAGUCCCAGAAUCACCAGCUGCGCCUGAAACUGGCCAGCCUGACUCGGAGGAUUGAGGAACUGGAGGACGCAAACAGAAUUCUGCAGAAAGCAGAGGAGGAACUGCAGGAGCUGCGAGACAAAAUCAGCAAAGGAGAAUGUGGCAAUUCAACACUGAUGGCAGAGCUGGAGAAUCUCCGGAAGAGAGUCCUGGAAAUGGAGGGGAAAGAUGAAGAGAUAACUAAAACAGAGUUUCAGUGCAGGGAGCUAAAGAAAAAACUCCAAGACGAAGAGAACCACAGCAAGGAGUUAAAGCUUGAAGUGGAAAAACUUCAGAAGAGGAUGGGAGAACUGGAAAAGUUGGAAGAGGCUUUCAAUGUUAGCAAAUCAGAAUGCACACAGUUGCAUGCUAGCUUGGAAAGAGAAAAGAACUUGACAAAAGAUUUAGCCAGUGAGUUGGAAGUGGUUAAAGGUAGGGUGAAAGAUCUUGAGUGUUCUGAAUCCAGACUGGAAAAGGCUGAGAUGGGCUUAAAGGACGACCUGACAAAGCUGAAGUCAUUUACGGUAAUGUUGGUGGAUGAGAGGAAAAAUAUGUCAGAGCGGAUUAAACAAGAAGAAAAGAAGAGCAAUGAUUUGAAUAAUAUGUUUAAGACUGAACAAGGAAAGGUGAUGGAAGUCACUGAAAAACUUAUAGAGGAGAGCAAGAGGCUUCUCAAGCUGAAAUCUGAAAUGGAAGUUAAGGUGAGCACUCUCACAAAAGAGAAAGAUGAACUGAGGAUGAAACUUGCUACUGAAGAGGAAAAGUCUAAGGAUUUGAGCUCAAAGGUAAGCCUGAUGAAAAAGAAGCUGGAUGCGUUAGAAGAGGCUGAAAAGGAAGCAGCUAGAAGUAGACUUAAAAAGGAGAUAGGCAGGUUUGCAGAUGCAUCUGGACAACAUGACAAUAAAGUGAAAGAGCUAACAUCGGAAAUUGAAAGACUGAAAAAUCGUCUGAAGCAGCUGGAGGUCGUAGAAGGUGAUCUCAUUAAAACCGAGGAUGAAUAUGACUUGCUGGAGAAAAAGUUCAGGACUGAACAGGACAAGGCUAACGUGCUCUCUCAGCAGCUUGAAGAAAUGAAGAGUCAGAUUGCCAGAAAUAAAGCGAUAGAAAAGGGAGAGGCAGAGAGUCAAGAGGCAGAGUUACGUCAAAGAUGUAAGCUGGAGGAGGCAAAAACGAGAGACCUACAGAAUGAUGUUCAAGCACUCAAGGAAAAGAUCCAUGACUUGAUGAAUAAGGAAGACCAGCUUUCUCAGUUGCAGGUAGAUUAUUCUGUUCUUCAGCAGAGGUUUAUUGAAGAAGAAAAUAAAAAGAAAAGCAUGAGCCAAGAAGUUAUCAAUCUUACCAAAGAGCUUGAGAUCGCCAAAAGGUACAGUCGUGCUCUUAGGCCCAGCAUGAAUGGAAGAAGAAUGGUAGAUAUUCCUAUGACUUCUACCGGAGUACAGACUGACGUGAUAGCCAACGAAACUGGUGAGGAGGAAACACCCGCUGUAUUCAUUAGGAAGUCAGUUCAGGAAGAGAACCACAUCAUGAGCAACCUGCGGCAAAGAGGGCUGAAGAAGCCCAUGGAGAGGCCAGCUGUGCUUGACCGCUAUCCUCCAGCUGCCAGUGAGCUCAGCAUGAGGAAGUCCUGGAUCCCCUGGAUGAAGAGAAAAGACACGUUUUCCCACAACGGCCCAGAAAAAACAUCCCAAACUAAGGUCGAGUCUACACAGUCUGAAAUAGCAGUUUCAAAACCUCCAGGGCAACCACUGCAUAUUAGGGUCACUCCAGAUCAUGGAAACAGCACAGCAACUUUGGAGAUAACCAGUCCACCGUCAGAGGACUUCUUUUCAAGCACUACAGUUAUUCCCACCUUAGGACUGCAAAAGCCACGCAUUACAAUCAUUCCUACAAGCAACACGGUUUCUCCAAAAAGCAGGCCAAAUGAAAGCACUGUGAGUCCUGACCGGGCCAUGUCCCCCGUUACGAUCACAACUAUCUCCAGGGCUAAAUCUCCUGAAAGAGGCAGGGCAUCUUUUACAGACAGGCCAAUGUCCCCCAUUCAGAUUAUGACUGUCAGUACAACAGCUGUGCCAGAUGUCUCGGUCUCACCAGAACCUCAAGAGAUGACCAUGGGAAGAGCGGUUUUCAAAGUGACUCCCGAGAAACAGACCGUUCCCACGCCCAUCAGGAAGUACAACUCCAAUGCCAACAUCAUCACAACAGAGGACAACAAGAUUCAUAUCCACUUGGGGUCGCAGUUUAAGAGGCCUGUGAGCACUUUGUCAGAAAACAGUAACCCCACGAUCACGGUCAGGCCUGUCACCGUGAUGACUGAAAGCAAAGAAGCUGCCACAGGGACUGUCUUGCGUUCUCCUCGCCACAGCAAUCCUCCCAAGACACCCACCAGCAAAGUGAUGAGCAGCAUCACCAUAACGCCUUUCUCCUCGGCGCCUCCAAGACCGACACAGUCUUUGCCAGGGCAGGACGGACAGCUGGCUCGGCCCGCCCCCACACGCAUCCCCAUGUCGAAAGGUAUGAAAGCGGGGAAACCGGCGGCGGGAGCCCCGGGGGCCGCGAGUGUGACAAAGUUAGAGUCGCGGGCGGAAAGCCAGUCGAUGAAAAUUGAACUGAAGAAGUCUCCAGCCAGCGGCUCGGCUCCUGCUGCUGGAGGGAAGGGCUGAGGGCCGGGGCCGGUGGAGGGGGCGUGCGCGGGCUCUCCUGCUGCCGUGGAAACCACUCCCCCCACCCCGGUACACUCAUACUAACUCUGUGGAGCAAGCCCGGUAUCAUCACACCUUUUUUUAAAUUAUUUUUCAGAUUUAAUUUUUUCUUAAAACGAUAUGAGCUUUGCGGUCUUUUGUCUCUUUCAGUUGCAGUCCUGCAGGACUGAAAAAGUCCUGUGGCCUGUAGCUGUCACACUUCCUUAUGGCCUGGCAGAGGUUUAUUUUGUUACAUUGUUAAUUGUAAUUAUAAACUUGAACUGUAACCCUACAGUACAUACAUAUACAUAAUGUGCG